GCCACACCUCUGUCCUGGUCUUUUCUUCUCUUCUCUGUCUUCAUUGUCGGCGCUGUCAGCUCGCUCUGCUUGGCAUCAAUCCAAUCACCGCUUUCCGCGAUGUCUUCAGGUGCCGUGUCGUCUGACGGCCAUGGCGCGCGACGCGAAGAACUCACGAAGGUCGUCCGGACUGUACCCGGAGCAACUGUCCCGCUGGACGUAGAAGGAUACCCUAUUGCUCCUCCUGAACUGGAGCUCGAGCAAGUGCAUAUAUACGUGCGGCAUGGUGAGCGCACCCCCGUCCGCGUACGCAUGUCCGACCCGCCCGCGAACAUACCGGAACGGUGGGAUCUCUGCAAGACUGCACGGCGGUUCAGAGCGGCGGUGACAAGCAACAUCAAUGUGACGAACGCCAUGGAAGAGGUCACUAUACGCAAAGUUAUUGAGAGUGCGAACGGAGACAUUGAAGCUGGCGAAUGUUUGUUGGGAGAGUUGACUGACUUGGGGAGACAGAACACCUACAACUUUGGUCGCGCUUUGAGGCGACUGUACAUCGAUAGACUUCGAUUUUUACCUGAUACACUACGAUCACCAGGAACAAACGCUUUCCGAGACGGACUUCACUCGGAGCCGAGUCAGGUGUACUUUCGCUCAACAAACGUUCCGCGGACUAUUGAGUCUCUACACGAAAUUAUCUUCGGUCUAUACCCUUCAGAUAAAUGCCUUGAUGGCUACGUGCAUCAGUUACGAAUACGAAACGGGAAGGACGAAAAUCUAUACGGAAAUACGGUAUGCAAGCGCUUAGAAAUACUCGAGCUUGGAUUUGCGAAAGCUGCCGCUGCUGCCUGGAAUCCGGUGCUAGAGGCGCUCGACGGCAAAAUAUCCAAAUAUAUUGGAGGGAACCCUGUGAGGUUGGAUGGUCGACCAAGAGCGUCUGGCAUCUUCGACACGAUCAGGUCGGCUGCCGCGAACAGCAUGCCUGUGCCCAAGGACUUCAACGAAAAAGGAGUCAUGGACGUCAUCGAAAAAGCUAUCGUACAUGAGUGGUACGGAGGCUAUGACACUGAAGAAGUACGGAGAUUGGGCAUGGGCCCUCUAUUAGCUGACAUUUCCGAAAAGAUGAUUUCCAAGGCAACGCAGGGCUCGACCAACAGGCUGAAGCUGCUUUUGCAUAGCACGCACGACACCUGUCUGGCAGCCCUAUGCAAGACACUCGAUGUUUUCGACGAGAAAUGGCCUGCCUUUACAUCGAGUGUGACGUUCGAGCUGUUCAGAAAAACCUCUUCGAGUGACCCCAGAGAUAGCACGGCUGGUCAUGAGAGCUCUGGAUCGCUACUUUCAUGGCAGACGAUCCUCUCCCCGUUCAGACGUCCUGGGCUCACUGACCAACACUACGUGCGAAUGCGGUAUCAGAACCGAUCGUUGCCUCUUCCCUUGUGCGCAGAAGAUGGGAAGCAUCUGCCCGGGCACCCCGAGUUUUGCACCCUGACGGCCUUCAGACAAAGGAUCAAAGAACUGACCCCUGUGAAUUGGGAAGGAGAAUGUUCUGUCAAUGGAAAAUGACGGGCCUGCACUGCGCGAAGUGUCAACCUAGAGAGAUACCGCCAGGUCUUCGGAUUGAAUUCUCCUCGUAGUAUGCGCUGUUAUGGCCAUAGACAAAUUUAUUAUUUGCUAUUAACGUGCCGCCCAAAUCAUAGGCUCGUUGUUCCCUUUGCGGCGCUGCAUCGGGUGAGUAGAUGGGCGGACGCGCAGCAGCGGUUAUUUUGGGACGGGAGAAGCGAAGCAUAGAAUUAGGGAUACGUAGCAUAUCCUGAGAUGGUCCACAUGCCACAGAACCCAACGUCUGCUUCCGGGGCACGGCCCCCAGGCUUCGU